AUGAAGCCAGACGCUCUGUCCCGUUUGUAUGCCCCCCAAGACUCUGAUGCCGAACCCCCUCCUCCCACCAGGGACGAUGAAGGACGCCGGAUGUGUGGGAUCGUGGACUCCCGUCGGCGGGGGAAGGGUCACCAGUACCUCGUCGACUGGGAAGGCCGCGGCCCGAGGACCGGUCAUGGGUGCCCCGUUCCUCCAUUCCUGAUCCUGCUUUGUUGGAUUCGUUUUGGGCCUCUCGCCCUUCCACAUCCGCCUCGGGGCCGCCAGAUUGUAACACGUUGGAUUCAUCUGCUUCUUCUGGGUCUGCACUGCCAUCUGGAGAUCCAACCUGCUGCCUGCAAGCCUCACUGGAAUGCAGAGUUUCUCUGUGAUGUGACAGCCUCCAAUACCUCUAAGGUCCUUGUUGACUGUAGUGGUCGGGGCUUUGAAAGGGUACCCGAUGGGAUAACCAGCAAUGCAACCGAUCUUGAUCUAUCAGACAAUUCCCUGAAGACCAUUAAAGCCGACACCUUUUCCAGUCUUCUGAAUCUGACUUGGCUCAAUCUCAACUGGGCUACCAAGAACAAAAAAGGGGUCCUCAACGCAAACCUCAAAAACCUAACAAAACUGCACGAGUUGAAAGUGAGUGGCAUUGGCCUCGAAGACAUUCCAAGCAGACUCCCUGUUGGCGUGGAAAUCCUUGAGCUAAGCACCAACAAGAUUACAUUUCUGGAUCAAACAAGCUUUGCCGGCUUACCAAACCUGAAACAACUGUGGUUGUCCAAAAACUGCUACUACUGGAAUCCGUGUGGCAGAUCUGUGACAAUCCAGGAAAACAGUUUUAUCCACAUGUCCAAACUCCAAGAUCUGGAUUUGUGUCGUAACAAUUUGAGCCAAGUUCCGAAAGGAUUACCAGGAUCUUUAAAAAUGCUUAAUUUAAGUUGUAACAGAAUACAGUAUAUAUCCAACGAUGAUUUCUCUGGCUUGCACAACUUAACACUCCUUAAAAUAGAAGGGAACUGCCCCAGAUGUGAAAACGCUCCAUUUCCCUGUGUGCCUUGCCCGAAAGGUUCUCUUGGGAUUGACGCUGAUGCAUUUGAAAAUCUGUCACAACUUGAGGAACUAAAUAUGGGAGGAAACUCACUGGAGUAUCUGAAUCCGUCAUGGUUUAAGAACCUGAGGAAGCUCAAACAUCUGCUCCUUUCUUUCAAUUUUUUACUCAACGAAAUCACUGGAAAGGCUGAAUUUCUGCAAUAUCUCCCAAGGCUUGAAGUGGUUGCACUUUCUUUCAACUAUGCUUUAAAACUUUAUCCUAAAACCAUUAAUCUUUCAAAUGAGUUUUCAAAUCUUCAGUCAUUAAGAACCCUGCAUAUGGAGGGUUUGGUCUUUCAGAGUAUUGAACCAGAGACACUCAAGCCUCUCUAUGGACUUAGAAAUUUAUCAGCUCUUAAUUUGGGGACUAAUUUUAUCAUUAAUGCUAAUUCCACUGUCUUUACCCAAUUCCACCCCUUGAAAAUGAUUUAUUUGUCAGAAAACAGGCUCUAUCCCACUCCACAGAAAAAAAUGUCAACUUCAGGAAACGGACGCAAUGAGGGUUCAGACAUUUCUGUCUCCUCAUUCAUAAAACUUCCUCCAAAAGACUUUUCAUUCGAGCUAUCUCAUGGCCUUGUAAAGCAACAGUGCUUUAACUCUGGACGAGUCCUUGUCCUCAGUUCAAAUAAUUUAUUCUUCAUUUCUCAGAAGCAAUUUGAAGGUUAUGGAAAUAUUGCGUGUCUGAAUCUGUCGGGAAAUGGGUUCUCUGCUGCACCUAAUGGCACAGAGUUCUCAUCACUGCCUAAUUUGACCUACUUGGACCUCUCCUUCAAUAAGAUCAAUUUAGCUUAUGAAAAUGCCUUCCAGGAACUGAAGAAUUUACAAGUAUUAGACCUCAGCUAUAAUCCACACUAUUUUAUGGCAUAUGGAGUAACAAAUAAAUUGCAUUUCUUAAACAAUUUGCCUGUUUUGAGGGUACUGAAUAUGAGCCAUAACUCAAUUUCAAAAUUAACAACAAAACAGAUGCACAGUAUGUCUUUAGAGGAGCUACAGUUUACACAUAACGAGCUUGGAACUCUUUGGAAAGCUGGGGAUGACUCUUAUAAGACUCUUUUUACCAACCUGAUUAAUUUAACAGUUUUAGAUAUAUCGAGUAACAACAUUAAAAAGAUCCCUGACGAUGUUUAUGAAAAGUUUCCUCGGAACUUGACUGAACUACGCAUCAGUCAGAACGAAUUGAUUGACUUUCUUUGGGAUAGUCUGACUUAUUUUCCUCAACUUAAAAUUUUAGACUUAAGUCACAAUUCCUUGACCAACAUAGCAGGUCUUAAAAGAACUACCAGCCUCUCCUUGACUUUUCUUAAUCUAAGUGACAAUCAAAUUUUUCAUUUGGAAAAUGUACUUUUCAAUGGCUUGAAAAGCCUUCAAACUCUGAGCCUCAGCUCCAACCAACUGCCAAUCAUCAAUCAGUCCACCUUCCAACCAAAACCUGAGAAUCUUAAGACUUUAUUUUUGCAAAGAAACCCAUUUCAGUGUACCUGUGAUUCUUUGGAUUUCAUUAUAUGGAUUGGAAAAAGACAGGUAAAGAUUCCUAGACUGACAACUGAGGUGAGAUGUGAAACACAUGGAAAUGGCCGCAACAGUCCACUGAUAUACUUCAAUAUUGACCAGUGUGUGAAUGACGAUCAAGCAUUCAGGAUGUACGUUUUCACAACUUUCUUCCAUAUUGUCUUCAUGUUUGUGGCAACAGUUGCUCAUUUGUUCUACUGGGAUGCUUCCUAUGUCCUGCACUACAUCAAGGCUAAACUGAAGGGAUACAGAUCCUUGCACUCACAGGAAAACAUUUAUGAUGUCUUUGUGACCUAUGACACCAAGGAUCCACGCGUUUCCGAGUGGGUAAUGAUAAAUCUGCGAGUGAAAUUGGAAGAGGAGGGCGAGAAGCUUUUUCCUUUGUGCUUGGAGGAGAGAGACUGGCCCCCAGGAGUCCCACUACUGGAUAACCUUACACAGAGCAUCCAAAACAGUCGCAAAACCCUGUUUGUCCUGACAGAGGGCUACGUUAAGACCGGGGUGUUCAAACUGGCAAUGUACCUGGCCCACCAGAGACUGCUAGAUGAGAAUGUGGAUGUGAUUGUGCUGCUGAUGCUCGAACCUGUCCUGCAGCAUUCUCACUUCCUGCGCCUCAGGAGGAGGCUUUGUGAGAAAAGCGUUGUGGAGUGGCCCAGAACAGCGGCUGCUGAGCCCUGGUUCUGGCAGAAUCUACGAAAUGUUGUAAGAGUGGAUAAUCAGAUUUUGUACAGUAAGUCUUAUAAAAAGUUAUUCAGCAGCAAGUAGGGAGGUGAUGAUAAAAUAGGAAAUGUUUGAUCUUCUUGGGAAGUCUAUGCUUUAAAAUAUGCCAUUGCAACUGUGAUUUUUAGAAACUUUUAUUACUGAAUCCUAAAAUGGCGAAAAAGAGAUAAUUUAUCUAGCUACAUGAGGUUUUGUUUUUCUUUCUUUACCAGCAAGUGAAAGAUUGUUGUUAUUAAAAAGGAGUGUCACAACCAAACAAUAAAAAAGUCAGAAUAUAUGUGUGACAUGUGACAUGUGUGUCAUCAAUUAAAUUCAAUACCUGUUAAAAAUGACAAAUGUUAUUUCUGCAUAUUUUUUUUUAAUCCAUGGGUUCUGCUCUCAUGAAAACAAUUUAAGCUUACAGUUCUGUGGUCAGUUUAAGUUGUUGAAGGUUGGUUAGUCAGGUUAAUAAUGUGUGUUAGGGUUCUACAUUCUCAGUUUAAGUUUUUCCAUGGUGGUCUGCAAUGCAGAAAAUGUGA